AACACAGAAAGAGCCGACUUCCUGCUCCUGGGCUUGUCGGGGGUCCCUGAGCUGCAGCCCCUGAUCUUUGGGGUCUUCCUGUCCAUGUACCUGCUGACCGUGCUGGGGAACCUGCUCCUCGUGCUGGCCGUCAGCUCGGACCCCCAUCUCCACACCCCCAUGUACUUCUUCCUCUCCAACCUGGCCUUGGUGGACGUCUGCUUCUCCUCCACCACCGUCCCCAAGAUGCUGCGCGACAUCUGGACGCAGAGCAAGGCCAUCACCUACGGGGGCUGCGUGGCCCAGGUACUGUUCUUCCUCCUCUUUGCAGGCCUAGACGACUUCCUGCUGACCGUCAUGGCCUACGACCGCUACGUGGCCAUCUGCCACCCCCUGCACUACGCGGCCGUCAUGAGCCCGAGACUCUGUGGGCUGCUGCUGCUCUUGUCCUGGUCCAUUAACCUGCUGAACUCCCUCUCACAGAGCUUACUGUUGUUACGUCUGUCCUUCUGCGCAGUCCCCGAAAUCCCCCAUUUCUUCUGUGAGAUCAAUCAGAUCAUUCUGCGUGCCUGCUCUGACACCUUCGUGAAUGACACCCUGAUGUAUUCCGGGGUCACACUCCUGGGGGUCGGCCCGCUGGCGGGAAUCGUCUAUUCUUACUCCAAAAUCAUCUCAUCCAUCCUGAGGAUCUCCUCCGCUCGGGGCAAGUGGAAAGCCUUUUCCACCUGUGCCUCUCACCUCUCCGUGGUCUCUUUGUUUUACUUGACGAUCCUAGGGGUGUAUCUCAGCUCAGUUGGGAGCCACAGCUCAUACUCGAGUGCUGCCGCCUCCGUGCUGUACACCGUGGUCACCCCCAUGCUGAACCCCUUCAUCUACAGCCUCCGGAACAAGGACAUCAAGAGGGCGCUGAGGAGACUGGCAAGAUGGCAGCAGUAA